GAUGAUAUGGACCAUAAUAAACAAAGUGGUAAUAAUCCAAUUGAAGUUCGAUAUAAAGAGGAAGUAGAGAAUAUUCUUGAUGGGAAUCGUCCUAGUUUAACUCCAAAAUCGUUGGAUAGUAGUUUGGAAUUUGAUAAUGCUAAUAUUGAAGAAAAUAACAUUCCAUUUAAUGAAAUUACUGGUCGGAAUAAACGAAAAAAUGAGUCUGAACUAACCCAAGAAGAAAAGCCGCAAAAAGCUAAUAGAUCUGAAGUACGACAGGUUAAAGCUUUACACUCAUCAAAUAAUAUGGCAUUGCCUCAAACUAAUAAUGUUCCUUUUUAUUUUCAAUCUACUUCAAUUGAUUUAAUGCAAAAUAAUGUUAUGCAAAAUAAUGUUCCGCAAAUCAAUGCUAUGCAAAUUGAUAAUACCACGCAAAUCAAAAGUACUACACAAAUUGAUAAUACCAACGUCAAUACUUUACAUAUUAGAAGUCCUUCACCCCCACAUUUUGAUGAAUUUUAA